AUGCAAGCUCCCCUCUUCUCCUUCAUAUCCUCGACUGAUCAUGACCAAGAAAAUGAAGAUUCCAUUAUUCUAUCUCUUGGUCUUCCUGGUCAACACAAAACCCAUAUUCCCUCUCCAAAUCACAAGCAUCAAAACCCUAACGAUGAAAACAGUACGGUGACAAUUGCUCUGAGCAUUGCUCCUCCCACAACAACAAGCUUCAACACCCAGAACCUCAACGACAUUAAUGAUGGUUCUGAUCAUGAGCUCGCUCAAGGAGUACAUUACUGGAUUCCUACUCCCUCACAAAUCCUUGUUGGUCCAACACAGUUCUCUUGCACUGUCUGCAACAAAGCAUUCAACCGUUACAAUAACAUGCAGAUGCACAUGUGGGGUCAUGGAUCGCAGUAUCGAAGGGGUCCGGAGUCACUAAGAGGGACAAAGCCAUCGUCAUCAAUGCUAAGACUGCCUUGUUAUUGUUGUGCUGAGGGUUGCAAGAACAACAUUGACCAUCCAAGAUCAAGGCCAUUGAAGGAUUUCAGGACUCUCCAAAUACAUUACAAGCGAAAGCACGGAGCCAAGCCAUUUGGGUGUAGAAAAUGUGCCAAACGUUUUGCUGUUAGAGGGGAUUGGAGGACACAUGAGAAGAAUUGUGGGAAGCUUUGGUUUUGCAUCUGCGGCUCUGAUUUCAAGCACAAGAGGUCUUUGAAAGAUCAUGUCCGUUCAUUUGGAGAUGGUCAUGCUCCUCAUACUUUGGAGACUAAUUGUGAGAUUGGAGAUGAAUGUGAAGAGGAAGACGAAGAAGAAGAAGAAGAAGAAGAUGAGGUUUAUAACGACAUUCAUCAAGGUCAUCCUGUUUUCUUCCAUUAA